UGGGGAAGUCUAGACGGCCAUUCCUGCCAGGUUGCGCUGGAGCCUCACCAGCCUGGCAGGAGGGCUGGGGGUUGGGAUGAGCACGGAGGGGAGGCUGCUUGACCAAGGUCAGCCUCGUGGGAGGCCCUGAGGAGGAGGAGGAGGAGGAGGAGGAAGGGAGCUGGAAGUCUCUGCCAGCCGGCCUGCUGGGCUCGCAUUAUCUCCUCCCUUCCUCCCUGUCAGCCAAGACCCGCAGAACAGGCCAUCCCCGCCCCCUUUCUUAGAUGGAGAAACCAGGCCCCAGAGAGGGUGAGCAGCUGGCCUGAGGACACACAGCGGCCCCGCCGCAGGCCCAUCCGGGAGGUGGCGGCUUCGUUCGGCACGGGGCGGACAUCGCCAUGCCCCUCCUGAUACACCUGCUGGUCUGCACCUUCGGGCUGGGCUCCUGGGUGGCCAUCAACGGGCUCUGGGUCGAGCUGCCCCUGCUGGUGACAGAGCUGCCCGAGGGGUGGUAUCUCCCCUCCUACCUCACGGUGAUCAUCCAGCUGGCCAACAUCGGCCCCCUCCUGGUCACCCUGCUCCAUCACUUCCAGCCUGGCUGCCUCUCGGAGGUGCCCAUCAUCUUUACCGUGCUGGGCGUGGGCACCGUCACCUGUACCCUCUUCGCCUUCCUCUGGAAUGUCACUCCCUGGGUGCUGGACGGCCCCCACAGCAUCGCCUUCAUGGUCCUCACCUUCUUCCUGGCCCUGGUGGACUGCACCUCGUCGGUCACCUUCCUGCCCUUCAUGAGCCGGCUGCCCGCCCACUACCUCACCACCUUCUUCGUGGGCGAAGGGCUCAGCGGCCUCCUGCCUGCGCUGGUGGCUCUCGCCCAGGGCUCGGGUCUCACUACCUGUGUCAAUGUCACUAAGCCGUUAGAAACCACCCCAAGCGCCGAGACCACCAGGAAGACUGUCUUCCCCCAGGGAGCUAACAGCACUUCCGCGUCCGACCUUGCCGGGACGGCACAUUCCGCGGUCCAUCUGGAAAGUCGCCACCUGCCGGCCAACUUCUCGCCUUUGGUCUUCUUCCUCCUCCUCUCCUUCAUGAUGGCCUGCUGCCUGGCCGCGUUCUUUGUCCUCCAGCGGCAGCCCAGACCCAGGGAAUCUUCCGUAGAAGACCUCCUCACCUCCCAGGUCACCCUCCACUCCAUCCGGCCACGGGAAGGGGAGGACCCGGGCCCCCCAGGGCCAAGGGACAACCGCAGCAAGGCCCAGGGGCGUCCAGAGGAGAAAACGGCCCCCCCCCACCCCGCCCACCUGACCUUCAUCUACAUCCUGGUGGCCUUUGUAAACGCGCUCACCAACGGCGUGCUGCCCUCCGUGCAGACCUACUCCUGCCUGUCCUACGGCCCCAUCGCCUACCACCUGUCCGCCACCCUCAGCUCCAUGGCCAACCCUCUUGCCUGCUUCCUCUCCAUGUUCCUGCCUCACAGGUCUCUGCCAUUCCUGGGCGUCCUCACAGUGCUCGGGACUGGCUUCGGGGCCUACAACAUGGCCAUGGCCGUGAUGAGCCCCUGCCCCCUCAUGCAGGGCCACUGGGGUGGAGAAGUCCUCAUUGUGGCCUCCUGGGUGCUGUUCAUCGGCUGCCUGAGCUACGUCAAGGUGAUGCUGGGCGUGAUCCUGCGCGACCGCAGCCGCAGCGCCCUCUUGUGGUGUGGGGCGGCGGUGCAGCUGGGCUCCCUCCUCGGGGCUGUGCUCAUGUUCCCGCUGGUCAACGUGUUCAGGCUCUUCUCCUCCGCCGACUUCUGCAGCCUGCAGUGCCCCACCUAGGACCCCUGGCGCGGUCCGUUACAUGACCCUGACCCGCUCCCGUUGCUGACACUGGAAACCUGGGCAAGGCACGCGGCCCAGGCCACAGGGCAAGUGGCAGGGAGCCGGGGGGCAGAGCCCGAGUCCCUACACAUCCACGCAGACUCCGCUCCGGAGCGGGGGAGAAAGCCACGGGCCUCCCACGGGGCCAGGAAAUGCAAAGCACAGCCCUGCCCCCAGUGCUGGGUCGCGGUGCCCGCAGUUCCGUUUCAGAACUUCCGCGGGCUCUUGAGCGACGGCGGAUUUGCAGCACCCGGCCGGAGGCAGGCUCAGGGGUGUCCGAAGGGGAACCGCAGAGAGGGCGAGCCAGCCCUCACAAGCGGUGUGACGUCGCUUAUUUCUCUGUGCCUCAGUUUCCUAAAAUGGGGACCAUGAUAAAUAGCACCUACCUCACGGGCUGAGCACAGGGAUAAAAGGAAGAAGCACCCACCAUUGGCCAUUUCCUGACCUGACGCCCAAGGGAAGUUAAGGGCACAUCAACCCCAGGAGGGUUGAGAGACGACCCCUGCCCGGUAUCCUUUUUCCUAUUAUUCUCACAGAGGAGCUUGUAAAAGGACCCCUGGCUAGUGGUGGGAUCUUGGGGCAUCUUGACUCCCCGGUUCCCAAUGUGGAUGGACACUGUGCCCCCACACACCCCUUCCCGUCACGGCUCCUGACUCAAGUCCGGCUUCUUGGAAAGCAAGGGACCUUCUGGGAGGCAGAGAGAUGGGGUGGGGGAGGGGGGGGCUAUGCCAAACCUCUCAAGUGAGUCCCCUCCCCUCCCCCAGCCACCAAGGCUGAGAACUGGACCCGAGAACCCUGGGAAGCAGCUCUCAGCUGGGGAGGAGUGCAUCAGCUACCCGAUUAUUAUUUUGUUUUCUUUUUUUUAGAGAGACAUUCCCUGCUUUUAAACGAAGAUCAGCCCUCUAAAAUCAAUAUAAUCAGUUUUCAGUUCUAAGGUCAAGGCUAAGCUCAGAAACGAACAGAAUCAAAGGCUUAGAGAACGUCCAGUCCUGGGACUUCUUUCCUUCAGUGGUUUGCUUGCUUGCCACCGGCCCUCCCUUUAAUUUAUUUUGAAUAGAUAAUACAGUCGCGUGUUUCAAAAGUCGGAAAAUAUAAAAUGAUGUUCAGCAAAAAAAAUCCCAUGUCUCCCCUCCUUUAUCUGCCCUGGUUCCCCUCAACACACACACGCACACACUUCAUUUUCUUUUUCACUCUUACCGAGAUGAUGCAAAUGCAAAUACAGGCUCUUUUUACAGAAAAAGUGCUAAACUACUGUGUACCUUGUACCUUUCACUCAACAAUGAAAAUGGAGAGAAGGUUCUGGUUCUUUCCUACGGCCACAUCAUAUCCCGUCGUGUGGGGGUGCCAAAUUUAUUCAACCAGUCCUCCGUAGAAAGACAUUUGAAGGUGCCGGAGACAACAUUGAAAACAAAAUCUCCCACUGCGAUGCCUGGGUGGCCCAGUGGGUUGAGGGUCUGACUCUUGAUUUCAGUUCAGGUCAUGAUCCCAGGGUCG